GGUGUGUACUUUUUGAGGAACAGGUGAAAGUAAACCGACACAUAUUGAGUAGCAGACAGUAUAUAUCUACAUCAAGCCAAGGAAUAAACCAGAAACAAAGAAUCAUCAAGGUCACUUUACUUUACUUGGUUAUUAUUAUUGCUUAAAAUAUAAAUAAUGCGCAAAAGGAUCCCAAUAUAAAAAGAGAAAGUGCGGCUACUGCUGACAACAAUGCUUGACUCUACCAUUCACAGAUCUUUGCAGCUCAAACAAGUUUCUUCUUUUAUCUUUUCUCCCCUCAGAUUUUUUUGGAACAAAUCCCCGGGGGAGAUGAAUUUGGAAGAAGGAAUUGCCAGAAGCUGCAGAAUUAAACAAUGAGAGCUUAUGCCCGAACCAUCUUCUCUGAGUACUUGAUUCUGUCCGUUCUUGUCGCGUUUUUCGCCGCCGGCGCGGAGACCCGCCGAAAUCAAGAUUUCAUUGCCCGGAAAAUUCUACAUCAGCCUCUGUUUCUCGUCGGCCCAGAUUCACCGGUUGAUUCCGAUUUGUUCCAGCCGCCGCCGCUUUUGCCUCCCGCUGAUCCCAUAACUCCUAGCCCCGACCAGCCCUUCUUCCCGGAAGUUCCCAGCGUCCCGGCCGCGUCGGAUCAGCAGACACCGCCGCCGGCCCAGCGAAAUGAGUCGCCGGUUGCAAACCCAAUCGCGCCGCAGCCUUCGAAGCCAGUCAAGAAGGUGGCGAUUGUGUUGUCGGUUGGGGUUGUCACCUUGGGGAUGCUGUCGGGAAUCGUGUUCCUCUUCUGCAAGCACCGGCGUAAGCAACUCGCCGUGUCUCAAAAGCUUGUCGGCGGCGGCAAUAUUCCCUCCCGGAGGGUCAAUGAGGAACCAGCGGUUCCGCCGUCCACUUUUCUGUACAUCGGAACAGUUGAGCCCUCACGUCGGUCGUCGGCGGCGAGUGAGUCCAACGGGUCGCCUUACCGGAAAUUAAGAUCCGAACGGUAUAGGCCGAGCCCGGACCUUCAGCCGCUGCCGCCGCUGAGCAAACCGCAGCCACCGCCAGACAUAACUUCUCCUCCGGCAAUGUCAUCAUCCGACGAAGAAAGCCGAGGCACCGCCUUUUACACGCCGCAAGGCUCCGUCCUGGGCAACGACAUUGCCGACGACGGGUAUUACGCGCCGGUUUCGCGGCGGAACCCGGCAAGAGUUAAUAGUUACGUCCCCUACUCAAAGAGAACAUCAUCCAAAUCACGCCUCUCUGCUUCUUCAUCCGAGGCAAAACCUGCAAUACCGCCGCCGGUUGCUCCGCCGCAGCCACUUCCGCAUGAGCCUCAUCUCCGUUAUGACAGACCGCCGGUGGCGAAGCCGUACAUUCCCAAAAGAGUUAAGUUCUCACAGCCACCUCCUCCGCCGGACAUGUCUCGGCUUCAAUUGAUAAGUGGACAACCUGAGCAAAAACCCAAACCAGAAGUCCCACCCCCGCCUCCUCCUCCGCCACCGCCUCCACCACCGCCUCCUCCUCCUCCGCCGCCGCCGCCGCCGCCGGUGACCAGAACACCCGGAAUUUCACAGAAGAAGAAUCCCCCGUCAUUUGAAAUCGGAAAGAAAGAACCAAGGAGUUCAAGCCCAAAAACACCACAAGAGAGCGAGAAGAAGAAGAAGAGCCCUUCAACAGAACCCGGUUCAGUGGAGAGGUCUGAUUCAGAUGAGAUAGAUGGAUCAAAACCAAAGCUGAAACCUUUGCACUGGGACAAAGUGCGUACGACGUCGGAUCGUGACACCGUCUGGGACCACCUCAAGUCCAGCUCCUUCCAAUUGAAUGAGGAUAUGAUGGAGUCACUCUUUGGGACUAGUUCUGGAAAAUCAGCAGUAGACGAAACUGCUAAGAAACUCAAACCCGCAAUCCGUCAUCCCACCGAGCAGGACGACAAAGUUCUUGACCCGAAGAAGUCACAGAACAUAGCAAUUCUUUUGAGGGCAUUGAAUGUAACAAAGGAAGAGGUUACCGAAGCACUCCUAGAUGGGAACCCGGAAGGAUUGGGUCCUGAGCUUUUGGAGACUUUGGUGAAGAUGGCUCCAACGAGGGAUGAAGAGAAAAAGCUAAGAGAUCGCAAGGGUGACGUCUCAAAAUUGGGACCCGCGGAACGAUUCCUCAUGGCUGUUCUUGAUGUGCCAUUUGCCUUCAUAAGAGUGGAGGCAAUGUUAUACCGAGCAAAUUUCGAUUCAGAAGUAAACUACUUGAGGAAGUCAUUCCAAACUCUUGAGGAAGCAAGUGAAGAGUUGAAGAACAGCCGGCUAUUCUUCAAAUUAUUAGAAGCUGUGUUAAAAGCGGGAAACCGAAUGAACACUGGCACUAACCGCGGUGAUGCGAGGGCUUUCAAGCUCGAAACUCUUCUAAAACUUGUAGAUGUAAAAGGGACGGACGGGAAGACAACAUUGCUCCACUUCGUCGUCCAAGAGAUAAUCAGGUCAGAAGGGGCUGCUUCCAACCAAACCAGUGAAAAAGCAAUCAUUAAGCCAAAAGAGGAAGGCCUCAAGAGACAAGAACUACAAGUUGUAGCAGGGUUGAGCCGGGAGCUCGGCAAUGUCAAGAAAGCAGCAGGAAUGGACUCAGAUGUCCUGCAUGGCUAUGUCUCCAAGCUUGAAACCGGGCUAAGGAAAGUCCGUUUGGUGUUGCAGUAUGAGAAACCGGGUAUGCAAGGGAAUUUUUUCAAGUCCAUGAAAAUGUUUCUAAAAGUGGCGGAAGAUGAAAUAAAGAGGAUUAAUGAGGAAGAGAGGAAGGCGUUAUUGAUAGUGAAAGAAGUGACCGAGUAUUUUCACGGAGAUGUGGCAAAAGAGG